UGAAAGAGGAGGAUGCAGUUUUUGGAGUGAAGGGGGAGGGGGAGAUUACUGUCACAUUGGAGGAAGAAGAGGAGACUGGAGAGCUGAUUAACACCAGAGAAAGACCAGACUCAGAGGAAGCAGAGACGUCCAAACCAGCAAGACGACGCCACUGCUCCCACUGUGGAAAGGUUUUUAACCAGUUAGGGGACCUGAAACAACAUGAGAGAAUACAUACAGGAGAAAAGCCAUACCAGUGCUCCAAGUGUGGAAAGAGUUUUACCCAGUUAGGGCACCUGAAAGGCCACAAGAGAUUGCACACAGGGGAGAAGCCUUAUCGCUGCUCCCAGUGCGGAAGUAGUUUUACAGCGUUAGGGAGCCUGAAAAUACAUGAAAGAAUACACACAGGAGAGAAGCCUUACUACUGCUCCCAGUGUGGAAAGAGGUUUGCCCGUUUAGGGCACCUGAAAGAGCAUACAAGAUUGCACACAUGGGAGAAGCCUUACCACUGCUCCCUGUGUGUAAAGAGAUUUUCCUCAUCGGGGUGCCUGAAAAUACAUGGGAGGACACACACAGGAGAUAAACCUUUCCAAUGCUCCCAGUGUGGAAAUAGUUUUUCCUUGUUAGCGAGCCUGAAAAGACAUGGGAGGACACACACAGGAGAUAAGCCUCAUUACUGCUCCCAGUGUGGAAAGAGUUUUAACCGGAAAGGACAACUGGAACAGCAUGAGAGAAUACACACAGGGGAGAAGCCCUACUACUGCUCCCAAUGUGAAAAGAGUUUUGCCCGGUUAGGGGACCUGAGAAGACAUGAGAGGAUGCACACAGGAGAGAAGCCUCAUCACUGCUCCCAGUGUGGAAAGAGUUUCAACCAGUUAGGUCACAUGAGAAGACAUGAGAGAAUACACACAGGAGAUAAGGAUGUAGGCUGCUGAACAGUAGGACAUAGGAAGGAUACUGAACAGUAGGACAUAGGACAGAUGUAGGUCCAAUACAUGGUGGAUCAGUAGGCCGUAGAGACUCUGAAUGUGUCUUGUGUAUUGACUUUCCAGUGUUUUCCGUACUGCAUGUAUUAUAGUGGAUUGGGUUUGUGGAUUUGUUUGCUGACUUCACAAAAUGAAUUUCCAUGUAAAUGGACAAAGUAUAUUGCUCUCCUUUUGAGAAAAGACAAAUCCAGUUAGAGAAAGGUUUCCCAAACUCUACCCCAAAGAGUAGAUAAUAAUAAUAAUUGGUCAUUUAGCAGACACUCUUAUCCAGAGCGACUUACAGGAGCAAU